GUAGCGAACUAUUAUGACACCGGAUUGUGCGUUUGUGUACGUCCAUAAACGUAAAAUCAGCGAGGAUUGGGUAUUUGGUCUUGAAAAGGGUGCAGUUUAACUAGCGACAGCUUGCGUCUGCAUAGAGUUCGCGUAAUCUGACAGGGUCGUACACCACACGAAUCCUGCAACAGACCAAGUAAGUAUAGUAUAAGUCGGAAACAAAAGAGAGGAAGACAGUGGAUUCAGAAUAAUGAAUGGAUUGAUAAACGGGGAGGUCUGCGAAUUCGAUAUUGAUCCUUCAGAGCUUGAAGAUAACCCUCAGAACGAUAUGAUUCCAGUAGAAUACGGCGAGACAACUACUAUAAUACCAAGGCCUGCGUAUGAACAAUAUACGCACGGCUGUCGGUUGAACAUCGUGGGCGAGCAGCGAUUUAAAGAAGAGGUAGAGAUUCGGCCGGGAAUUCGACAAAAAUAUUACAACACAACCUCUUUUAUUUAUCCCGAAAGUACCAGAAGGCGCUAUAUAACUUCCAUACAAUUUAUCCCAGGACUGCAACCUAAACACUAUACAUCGACAGUAUAUGCGUUCCCAAAAUGGGCGCAAAAGACAUAUUUAAGUUCUGUGAAACAUCACGAUGCGCAGACGAUAAAAUGGUACAAGUGUUCUGUACAGAUGGAGACUAGAGACUUUAUAUCUGUGAAGCUUAUACACGUUUCUUAAGAAUUGUAUCUUGUUACCCAUGGGAAUGGUUUUUAUGGCGGAAAAACGAUGUUCAUGGAAUGUAAAAUGUAAACUCAACACUGCAUAUCGCUUAAUCAUGCGUGACGAGAUGACUGUAUAAACAAUGUUCUUAAAAUAGCUACGCAUACAAAUUAUUACAAUAACGCAAUUUUUAUCGAUGAAAUAGUGACGUCAUAUAUUGAAUGCUUCUGGGCUAUGAGAUGCUUUAGCAGACAAUGUACUGCUUGUCUCGAACUCUGUAGCCUGGCUGAUCAAUAUUUAUGAUCUGGAAAGUAUUAUCAUUAUUAUUAUUAUUGUUCUCAUAGUAUAUUCUGGCUGGAGUAAUUUAAACAAGAAAAUGGAAAUUUCAACUGACAAUACUUAUUCAUAUUCACAUGAAAAUAUUUAGCUUGGACCAAUUUUUCUUUGGAAUUCUGCAAUCAAAUACUGAAUCAAGAAAACCAGGAAAAGAAAAAAAAACAUUUGUAAAAUUUCUCUUGUGAAAUUUAUUGCAAAGAAUAUGCAAGAUAAAAUAUCUGAAAUAUUGAGAGUUGAAGGACCAAUGUAAAAUGACUUUUUAAAAUCGUUUAGUAAUGAUUAUCAUGCAUUUUUAUAAAACUGCUCAAAAGAACUUGUUGUUAAAUGAUUAUUGGACAUUACUUCCAUACUACUUCCAAAAGUGAUCAUUGAGCAUAGAUGCAGACAUCAGCAGUCCCACACUGUCGCAGACCAUGACCUGCACUCUUGUUUUGCAGUGCCAUGCCAAGUUCCGAAACAUACUGUACUAUGGAAGAUUUGAAGGACCAAUGUGAAAUGAUAUUUUAAAAUCGUUUGGUUAAGAUUAUCAUGCAUUUUAUAAAACUGUUCAAAAGAACUUGUUAAAUGAUUUAUUUGAUAUACUUCCAUGUUUUUUCCAAAAGUGAUCACUAAUGUAGCUCUUUAUAUGCAGACAUGGUCUAUUCCUGACCAUGAUCUGCACUGUUGUUAUGUAGUGCCAUCAAGUUGUUCCCAGACCAUUUUGAACUGUUGCCGUGGUGCCUAACAUCAUUAGGUGGUUCUAAUACAGCCGCAGACCAUUGUGGCAUGUGACGUUACCUAGCUGUCUAUCAUCCAAGAUGAUUGCAACAUAAUCAACUGGUUUCAAUAUCACUCCAGACAGAUGACCGGUGUAAUAACAUCAAAGAGGAUUAAAUUUCUUGUAUUUCUUAGCCAUCAAGCUCAUCUAACAGGGUCUUCCUCGAUAAUUUCUUCUUUGGUCCCCCUGAAGACAGUAGUAAAUAAAUAAAUAAAUAUUAACUAUCCACCACAUACAUAGAUCCUACGCACCUGAUUUAUUAAAACUUUUUGUAUCACAAAUGAUAUACACCACUUUAACAGGUCUACAGUAUUUUGAAACAGCGCCACAAAUGUCUCGCAACUUUUCGCUGGGUUAUUGCAACUUUUCCAGGUUAUCGGAAAAUUUCAUUUCAAAUUUGGCGAAAAUGGUGUAUAAAAAAUGUGCCAAAACAAUUAGUUUUUGGACAAAGCAUAGCAUACACUGAUGCAAAGCAUAAGUUACAAAUUAGCUCAUAUUUGAGUUUUGUUAUACAGUGCCACCAGUAAGCGGAGCGAGAUGUUGCAGUCUGGAAAAAAAUAUAUUCAUAGUCGUAUAUGAAAACAUGCUUUUUGAGUCUAUGUAUGUGGUACAUCAAACAAAUAUUGACUGCUUUUUUUUUUUAGGUAAUGGUUAUACUGUAACUAGAUCCCCGCAAUGACUUAGAGACUACUGGACUGUACUUUGUCCUUUGACCCUUGAAAGCACCUUGGGGUUAUAGUUUGACUGAACCAUUUUCUUCACAGCAGUCAAUAUUUGUUAACUGUAUAACCUACUAUUUAUAAACAGAACAGAUAUCAGUACAUAUCAUAAAUAUAUUAUUUUGUUGUAAAUUAUUUUUACCUCAGUCAUUUUCUUAGCCAUAUCGUAGUUUAAAUUAAGUAUCAAAUUGUUUACUUCAAUUAUAAAAACUCUGUUGUACAAUUUGUCUUUCUAUGGUUAUUUAUCAAUAAAUAUAUAAUAAACCA